CAGAGUCCACUCUGUGUCCCAUAGUCUCUGCAUGGCCCAGCAAACAUUUAUUUACCAUUUACUUUUCUACCUCUAUGUCAAUUACCUUCCUCCUCUUUAAAUUGCCCAAACUACUACCCCCAGCAUCCUCUUUUGUCUUUAGCUGAAGAUGGUACUUAAGGUGAGGAUUUAGGCCAUUUUGGCAAGUUACUCAGUUUUCCUGGAUCUCUCCCAGGUGUUCAUGUUAUUAAACUUUUGUUUGAUUUUCUCUUGUUAUUCUGUUUCGUGUCAAUUUAAUUCUUAAACCAUCCAGAAGAACCUAGAAGGGUAGAGUAAAAUUUCUUCAUUCCCAACAAUAUUGAGAAAGAAGGAACUGAUAAUUGACUUGGGGAAAUUAAAAGCAAUUGGUUUCAACAUUUUGGGCUGCUGCCCACAGUAAGAAAUACAUUUCAUCUCACAAACCAGGAUAUAUCUACUCAUAAUCAGAAAAGCUCAUGAAAUAGCAUUCACUUACCCUUAUCAUAUAAAGGUAUUUUCUCUGAUUUUUUUUCUAUUUUAUUUCAUUAACAGUUUUCUGAUUGUGACCACUAAAGAUUUUACAGUCCACUGACAAAUGGGUUGUGGCUCUGAGUUGAAAAACUCUAAGCUAUAAAAUAUGAAAGAGACAAAAACGUUGAAAGUCCUCCAGGUUUAGUUUGAGUGGUGAGGAAAAUGGGUACCACUAAUUGAUAAAAAUAAAGAAGAAAUUGGAAAGGGGAGUUGAUAAGUUUCCUGUGGCUACUGUAACAAAUGUUAAAGGAAAAUAAAAAUGGAGUUGGUGUUGCUAAGAGAGCUCUCUAAAAUGAGCCAGGAGGCCAUUGAGGAGGUGUGACUUGUGUGCACCUUGGCCUGGAUGAAAUCUGGUCUUUUGAUUCUUGUCCUACUCAGAAUCCUUGUUGGACCGUUACUCUAGGGUGGCUCCUGGCAGCCUGUCUGCUUGUUUGGGCCCUUGCCCUAGAGCAGCUCAUGAUUCCUGGAGGACAGAUGUUUCCUGACGUGCAUCAGGGGUGGUCACAGUUCUUUGGCAGCCAUGUGGCUUUAGUCUUUGUGGGCCCUUGACUCUUUCUCUUCCCCAGAACACUCUUUCGGUUUUCCGUGAAUCUGUGUCUCCCAAAUUGCAAUUCCUAAGACCCCAAAUAAAGCUGUUUUUUCUUUGUUGCCUCAAUACUGAUUAUUGUUUGACACAAAUUACCAUAAACUUGGGAUCUAAAACAACAAAAAUUUAUUCUCUCACAGUUCUGGAGGCCAGAAGUCCAAAAUCAAUAUCACUGGGCCAAAGUCAAGAUGUUGGCAGAAGCACACACCCUCCACAGGCUCUAGAUGGCAGUUCCUGGAUUUACCCUUGGUGCCUUCAUACUUCUGUUGCUCGUUAGUUCUGUGGCUAAUUAUCCCAGUGGAAAAGUAACGAAGUCAUGCCAUGGAAUGAUUCCUGAACAUGGUCGUACUCCACAGUCUGAUCCCCCUUGCUACAUCUCAGUGAGUCAGAUGACAUUCAGGCCAGGAGAGCAGAUCAAAGUUACUUUGUCAGGGCCACCAUUUAAAGGCUUUCUCUUAGAAGCACGUGAUGAGAAUUUGACUGGCCCUCCUAUUGGCUCCUUCACAUUGAUUGACAGUCAAGUGUCACAGCUUCUGACCUGUGAAGAUAUACAGGGAUCAGCUGUGAGUCACACAAGUCCAUCCAAUAAAAGAGAAAUUAAAGUCUAUUGGAAUGCUCCAAGCAGUGCCCCAAACCACAUAAAGUUUCUAGCCACAGUUGUUGAGAAGUACAAUAUCUACUGGGUGAUGAUUCCUGGUCCUAUAAUUUCACAACCAAACGUCCUUCCUUUUACAACACCUAAAGCUACCAUAGCACCUAUGCCAACAUUACCUCCAGUCUCCCAUUUAACGAAAUCAUUCAAUGCUUCAGAUUGUGGGAACAAGAAGUUCUGUAUUAGGAGUCCUUUGAACUGUGACCCGGAGAAAGAGCUUGCCUGUGUCUUCUUGUCCUUCACACGAGAUGCCAAGUCAGUGAUGGUUGAAAUGAGCGGUCCCAGUAAAGGCUAUUUAUCCUUUGCAUUUUCUCACGACCAAUGGAUGGGUGAUGAUGAUGCUUAUGUGUGUAUUCUUGAAGAUCAGACUGUGCACAUACAACCUUCCCAUCUGACAGGGCGAAGUCACCCUGUAAUGGACUCCAGGGAUCCUCUUGAGGAUAUGGCUUGGAGGUUGGCGGAUGGUGUUAUGCAGUGUUCUUUCAGAAGAAACAUUACCUUUCCUGGGGUUAAGAAUAGAUUUGAUCUAAAUGCAAGCUACUACAUAUUUCUAGCAGAUGGUGCAGCUGAUCAUGGUCGGAUUCAUAAGCAUUCUCAGCAACCUUUGAUUACAUAUGACAAAUAUAAUGUGACAGGCUAUCCAGAGAACAUAGGAGGAUCCCAUUCUUUACUCCUUCUGAAGGUUCAUGGUGCCUUAAUGUUUGUGGCAUGGAUGACUACAGUUAGCGUAGGUGUACUGAUUGCCCGGUUCUUCAAACCUGUUUGGUUAAAGCCUUUAUUUGGUGAUGCAGCUUGGUUUCAGGUACAUCGAAUGCUCAUGCUUACUACUUCUGCCCUCACUUUCAUUGCUUUUCUUCUGCCUUUUAUUUACAGAGGAGGCUGGAAUUGGCAUGCAGGUUAUCACCCAUACCUUGGUUGUACAGUGAUGAUUUUAGCAGUUCUUCAGCUUCUUUCGGCAGCCUUCAGACCACCUUUACAUGACCCAAGAAGGCAAAUGUUUAAGUGGACUCAUUGGAGUAUGGGAACAGCUGCUAGAAUAAUAGCAGUGGCAACAAUGUUCCUGGGAAUGGAUUUACCAGGAUUGAAUCUUCCUGGGCCAUGGAAAACCUAUACAAUGAUUGGAUUUGUAGCCUGGCAUAUUGGGACAGAGAUUGUUCUGGAGGUACACACUUACCGACUCUCUAGAAAAGAUGAAAUAUUGGAUGAUGAUAGAAUUCAGAUCCUCCAGUCAUUUACUGCAGCUGAAGCAGAAGGUUAUGCUUUUAAAAAGGCAGUGUUAGCAAUUUAUGUCUGUGGGAAUUUGACUUUUCUCACUAUGUUCUUAUCUGCAAUCAACCAUCUAUGAGCGAGCGAAGACCUUGGCUUUUGCAGACCAGGUGAUAAUUAUCAUGAAGCCAAAAAACUUGAUGCCUGUAUCGACUGGAGUGUAUUCAUGACUUCUAAUUAGGAAGACCAGGCCAUGUCUGUAGAGAAAUUCGGAAGUCUGGUCUUUAGAGAUCAACAUUCACUAGGGUCCUAUGGGCUACAAACUGAUGUCAAGCUUUUACGUAUUAUUCUGAGUCUUAAAGGGAAGAUUGUACUUGAGGAGAAAUGACUCAAAUAUUUUUUAUGCUGAAGUUUUAAGAAUGUUAGCAUGUAAGAAAAUAACUGGAAAAACAUAAAAGAUGUCAUAGGAUAAAAUGCAGAUAGUAUUAAGGUAAAUAUAUUUUGGACUAUAAAGGUGCUGUGGUACUUUAAAGAAAACAUUUAUUUUUACUAGUUUAUCUGAAUGGCCUUUUUUUAGGAUUUUUUUCCCCUUACCCCCUUUCUUAAAAAUUUUUUGGAAACACGUUUUUCGGUCCAGUGUUUUGGACAUAUCCUUUGUUUCAUGUAUUUUGUUACUUCCCUGGUAAAGGUGAAAGUAGGGCUAACACCAUUUCAUUAACAUUUAAAUAUAUUAUUAAUAUUAUAAUUUCUUUCUUAGCAGUGAAAUGCAAGUGUGCAUCUUCUGAUUAAGAGUGUCUUUAUAUAUUCAGCUACAGAGCUAAAAUGGCAUUCUAUAUGCUAAUUGUUUUGACUCUGAGGUUGUCUUAGCCUUUGGAGAUUGUAGACUUGCAUUUCAAAAUUAAUAAAAUUCACUCUUGUGAACAUAUUUAAGAGUUAUUCUUUGUCCUUGUGGUAAUAAAAUAAUAUGGGUGGUACUGUUUUGUUAGAAGAUCCUGAUGCUAUAAUGAAUUAGAAUUAUCAAUGUUAUUUCCCUUCCGGUUCCAAUAAUUUCUAUUUUAUGACUGGGUCUCAUGUUUGCUAUGAGGACUUCUAGCCAGUGGGUGGCGCCAUAAUACUACUGCUUUGUUACUGUUCACUUGUGCGGAUUCAUUUUUAGUACUUAGAUAAUAUCUUGGGAUGGCAUUUCUCUUAAAAUUCACCAACUCUUAAUAUUUAUUUGAAAAAUUUCUGUCUUUUUUUCUUUUCCUAACAGUUAUAGGUUACAAACUGAAAUUAGGGACCAAUGUUAUUUUCUGGUUUCAAUUCUAUUUGUUUUCUAACCAUGAUUGUUUAUAACCGUUGUUUGAUACUUCCCUUUACAUUCCCGUGACCUUGUAACAAAUGAACAUAACUAUCUUAGGCAGAGGAAACAAGCAAAACUCUACAUUCUUAAAAUAAAAAGUUUAGGGAGGCAUAUUUUACUUUUUUAUGUGUUCUUUCUAAUUGGUCCAAGGACCUAAAUUCUACCUGGCAUAAAUAAUAGCCUCAGCGAUGUAUCUUACAUCUUUCACUGGGUAAAAUGAUAUGUUUUUGUUCUUUAUACAGGUGUUUAUCAUAAGUAGCUUAGGGUUUGAGAUGUGAACUUUCCAUGUUUAUGUUCUGUAAGUGCCAGGCUAUUUACAGUCUAAACUUUCCUUUUGAAUGUCUUUAUUUAAAAACAUUUUGUUUAGUAUAGAAAGUUAAAUGUAUACUAAAAUAUUUUCCUCUAACUUUCAAUUAUUAGGGGCCUAAAGGUUAAUAAAAUUCUCUUAAUAAAUUAUAUUAUACAUUUGACAAGGAAAGAUUUGUUUAAGGAGAAGAUGAACCUUGGUGGGUUUCGUUUUCAAAUUCGUGAGCUUGCUGGAUUUCCAGUGCUGAGGCUAACCUAUUUUAACUUUUCUUUUUCAUUGAUUCAUCUGUUGGCACUAUUUUGAUAUAUCAUCAAUUGAUAUACAGAGUUGUCCAAAGAAGUCUUUGUCAUCUAACCUUAGUAGACCAACAAACCUUUUCAUUAAUAUCAAAUUAUGAUUCUUCUGCUUAUGAAUGGUUGACAUCUACAAAUUGAAAAUGCCUAUUCGUUGCUCCUCUCAGUUUUCCUUCUUGAUUUUGUAAUAAACAAUCUGGUUUUUUAAAGUUUUUUUUUUUUUUCAGUACGCGGGCCUCUCACUGUUGUGGCCUCUCCCGUUGCGGAGCACAGGCUCCGGACGCGCAGGCUCAGCGGCCAUGGCUCACGGGCCCAGCCGCUCCGUGGCAUGUGGGAUCUUCCUGGACCGGGGCAUGAACCCGUGUCCCCUGCAUUGGCAGGCAGACUCUCAACCACUGCGCCAACAGGGAAGCCCUAAAGAUAUCUUUUGAUAGGAGUAAUUGUUAAACGAAAUGCCUUUAUAUCUUCAGCAAUGUUGCCCCAAAUAGCAAAAUCAUGAGUUUUCUUCUUAAAGAUGGGUUCUUCUAUAAAAUAAAAAUAACUAUUUAUUUUUGAAAAAAAAGUGAAACAAAUUCUCGAAAGUUGUGGUUGGGGUAGCAUUCAUAACUGAGGCUAUUUUUGUUUUUAUUAUUUUCUUAUCUUUGGAAAUCAAUCUUAAGGACGUGGGUAGCCUAUGGCAUAAGUUAUCGAAUAACACUUUAGUGCCUACUUGGUUAUUAGGAUUUUGGCUCUAAUGUGUGUUAAGUGAUAUUCAUCCCUCCACAUCUUGCCCCAGUCCAGGUUGUGGUGGGAAGAGACAGAUGCAGCAGAUGCCAACCAGGAAGCCCUAGGGGGGACCUGUAGCUUUUGGCUGAAAUUUUAUUUGUCUGUAUAUUCUGGUGAAGCAAGGAAAAAAAAAGGACAAAGGUCCUUGUUUAAGAUAAUCCAUUGUAGAUGGGAAUGAAAGAAAAGAUUCUUCUAAGCUCUUUUCAAAUCAGAUUAGGUUACACACUGUCACUGUGCACACCCUGCUUCUUUCCUUCUUGCCCAAUACCCACCAGGCUCAUCUCUGCACCCAGGUCACUGAUGGUCACCUGUCUGGAAUGCCCUUUCUGUUCCCUUCUUUCUAGCAAAAACUAGUUUAUUAAGUUCUGGCUCAAAAAUCCUUCUUGUUUUUGGAGGCUUCCCUGACUGUUCCUUCUACAUAGGUGUCUCCUGACCAUCCUUGUAAAUGGUAUGCUGGGAGGCAGAUAACCCUGUACAUGAAAAAGACUGGGAGUCUGGGAGCGGAGCUGGAAGACCUAAGCAUGCUUGUCUGAUUUAUAAGACUCAUGUCGUUGGGCAAAUUGCUCAUUUUCUCUGAGCCUCAUUCCUUCAUCUGUAAAGCCCAUCUCACAGGGCAGUUAUGAGGAAGGAAGGAAGUGGUACCAGCAAAAGGUGCUUUGUACAUGUUGUUGAUGAUGUCAUUGCUUUUGAUUACAGUGUUAAACUUUAGUAGUUUUUACCUGUGGAAUGUGUAGUUUUUAUUUGAUAAAAAAUUUGAUAUUCACCUUGAAAACAUUAUGCUAAGUGAAAUAGCCAGACAAGAAAGGACCUCUAUUAUAUGAUUUAUUUACUUGGAGUACCUGGACUAGUCAAAUUCAUAAAAAGUAGAAGGGUGAUUACCCAGGACUGGGGGAGAGGGAGGAAUGGGGAGCUGUUAUUUAAUGGGUACAGAAUUUCUGUUUGGGAUGAUGAAAUUGUUCUGGAGGUUGAUAGUGGUGAUGCUUACAUAACACUGUGUAUGUACUUAAUGCACUGAAUUGUAUCCUUGAAAGUAGUUACAGGGGAAAAUUUUGUGUUAUGUAUAUUGUACCACAAUAAAAAAAAAUUAAAAAUUUGAUGUUUAUAGGAACACUAUUCACAAUACCCAAAUGAUGGAAACAGCCCACAUGUCCAUCAACAGAUAAAUGAAUAAGCAAAUUGUGGUACAUACAUACAAUGAAAUAUUAUUCAGUCAUAAAAAGAUAUGAAGUACUGAUGCAUGCUGUCACAUAGAUGAACCUUCAGAACAUUAUGCUUCUCCAUGGCUACCAGAGACGUCAAAGGGCUGGAAUAAGAAGAGGAACAGCAAAUAAACAAAUAAACAAACAAAAAAACUAUUAUGCUAAGUGAAUCAGACACAAAAUGUCACAUAUUAUGAUUAUAUGAAAUAUCCAGAAUAGGUAAAUGCAUAGCAACAGCAGAGUGGUGGUUGCCAGGGCCUUGAGGGGAGGGAGUGGAGGAGGGAAUGGGGAGUAAUUGCAUGAUGGGCAUAAGAUUUUAUUUUGUGGUGCUGACAAUAUUUUGUUGAUAGAUAGAGGUGGUGGUUGUACAACAUUGUGAAUAUAAGAAAUGCCAUUUUAAAAGGAUUAUUUUAUGUUAUGUGAAUUUCACCUCAGUAAAACAAAUAUUUAUCUGA